GAGUAUCCAAGUUAAUGACGCGUCUCGAAGUUUAGCUGACACCUGUGGGGAUCUGAAGUCUGAACAGAUAACACUCCAAGCUCUUGUGUCCAGCUGUGUGUGCAUGAAGAGUCCAUGGAUGAACCAGAGAUCAGAGAGACGGAUCCUCCUCCUGAGGAGAGAGCCCCAAUAGAGAGUAGACCAGACUCCCCUGUGUCCAAGAGCGUGAAGUGGUCCAUGGAUCAUCCAGCACCAUCCAGAGAGACGGAUCCUCCUCCUGAGGAGAGUGUCCAGCAGGGGGCAUCAGACACACAGAACCUGAAAACAGACAAGACCAAGAGGGACACUGCAGAACACAGUGUCCAGCAGGGGGCAUCAGACACACACAAAAAGAAAAGAGACAAGACCAAGAGGGGCACUGCAGAACACAGAUUGACACCAGAGGAGGCAGAGCUCAGGUCCUUUCUGAAGGAGAAGUGUCAACAUCUGGUUGAAGGAGUACCACAUCAGGGAGACGCCAGACUCCUCCAGGACAUCUACACAGAUCUCUACAUCACAGAGGGGGGGAGUCAGGGGGUCAAUGAAGAACAUGAGGUCAGACAGAUAUUACCCUACAAAUUCAUGGCACAUUCCUCUAUGAGCAUAUCUUCCCCCUGGGGCAUACGUCCUCUAUCCUUUAGCAGCAGACAUGAAGAGCAUGAAGUCAGACAGAUAGAGAGAGCAUCCUGGAGAGGAAGAGGACAGGACAGACCAAUCAAAUGCAGUGACAUCUUUAAACCCUUACCUGUAGGCCUAUAUCCACGAAGGGGUCUUUGGCAAAACAAACCCAUCAGAGUAGUACUGACAAAGGGAGUGGCAGGCAUUGGAAAAACCGUGUCUGUGCAGAAGUUCAUUCUGGACUGGACUGAAGGAGAAACCAAUCAGGACAUUCAUUUCAUUUUUCCUCUUCCUUUCCGAGAGCUGAACCUGAUGAAGAAUACAAAACUCAGUCUGGUGGAGCUUGUUCAACACUUUUUCACACAAAUGAAAGAUCUGAAAGUGCUCUCCAGUUCUGAGAGCAAAACUCUGUUCAUAUUCGAUGGUCUGGAUGAGUGCAGACUUCCUCUGGAUUUCCGCACCAACCCAAGGUGUUGUGAUGUGGCAGAGCCAGCCUCAGUAGAUGUACUUCUGACCAACCUCAUCAAUGGGAAUCUACUUCCCUCUGCUCUCGUCUGGAUCACCACCCGACCAGCAGCAGCUGGUCAGAUCCCGCCUGAGUGCGUGGACCAGGUGACAGAAAUACGGGGGUUCAACGACCCACAAAAAGAGGAGUACUUCAAGAAGAGAAUCAGUGAUGAGAACCUGGCCAUGCGAGUCAUCAACCACCUGAAGUUAUCCAGAAGCCUUUACAUCAUGUGCCACAUUCCAGUUUUCGCCUGGAUUUUGGCCACUGUUGCCGAGAAUACAUCAGAGAGAGGAGAAAUGCCAAGGACUCUAACUCAGAUGUACACUUGCUUCCUGAACAUUCAGACUUGCAUCAAGAAAGAGAAGUACACAGAGAGAAGAGAGACAGAUGAAGAGAUGGUUUUCAAACUGGGGAAACUGGCUUUCCAACAGCUGGAGAAGGGAAAUCUGAUCUUCUAUGAGGAAGACCUGCGUGAGAGUGGCAUUGAUGUCACAGAAGCAUCUCUGUACUCAGGAGUGUGUACACAGAUCUUCAGAGUGGAGGCUGGGCUGUGCCAUGGGAGAGUGUUCAGCUUUGUGCAUCUGACCAUCCAGGAAUUCCUUGCAGCAUUAUAUGUGUUCCUCUGCUUCUGCAACAGUGCCAGAAAUGAACCACACCAACAUCAACCCUCUCAUCUCUCUGCUCUGUUCAGAGCUGCAACACUUGAGGACCUACACAAGACUGCAGUGGACUUGGCCUUGCAGAGUGAGAACGGACACCUGGACCUUUUCCUCCGCUUCCUCCUGGGCCUCUCACUGGAGUCCAAUCAGAAGCUCUUAAGACAGUUACUGCCACAGACCAAUAGCCAACCACAGAGAUUAGAGCAAACAGUCCAGUAUGUCAAGGAUAAGAUAAGACAUGAGUCAGAGCCAGAGUCAGAUAGAAAGAUCAACCUGUUCUACUGCCUGAAUGAGCUUAAUCAGCAUGCUGUAGUGGAGCACAUUGACAGGAGCUCAGGAAAGAUGUCUGUAGAGAUGCUCUUACCAGGAGAGUGGAAGACUAGAGAGUUUAGGUUUGAGUUAUCAGAAGAGCAGCUGGAUGGGUUUGACCUGCAGAAGUACAUAAAGACACCAGAAGAGGAUCUGACUGACCUCCUCAGCCCAGAUGACGUCCUCAAGAAGCUGGUGCCAGCAGUGUCAUCAGCACUGCUGAGGGGGUGUGGCCUCACAGACGAGAGUUGUGCAGUAAUAUCAGCUGCUGCCAGAUCAACCUCCUGCAGUUUGAAGUGUCUUGACCUCUCUGGCAAUAGAAUUCAUGACACAGGAGUUCAGCAUCUCUCAGAACUCCUCAAGGAUCCUCAAUGCAAACUGGAGACACUAGAGUGA